GAGAAGAUAUUGUGCAAUCAGCUCCUGCGGAUGAGCAGGAGAUCGCAACAUAUACCAGCUUGUGUAUUUAUAUAGGAUUACAUACACACAUUUACAGUGUCUAAAACAGCGCAAAGGAGAGCGGUCUCCUCUGGAGUGCUUAGAUUGGAUACCAAACCCUGGAAUUUAAUAUUUUGGAUCUACAUUUACAUCUUUGUGUCCAAUUUGAAGACAUUUCACAUUAAAACAGGAAUAAAACUCACAUUAUCUGAAAGAUGUUUCCCUGGUCAGUAGUUUUCUCCCUGGAGCCGAAGGUUCCUGGCCAGCGCACUUCAGAGGAGCUGGUGUCCAACACCUUGAUGCUGGAGCUGGGUGCCAUGGUGAAACGGACCGAGCGAAUCCAGAUGGAGAAGGCAGUAGAGACUCGCAGACGCCGCAGCUCUUCCUCUGCAGACUACAGCUGGCUGGCCGGCCCUCAGCCACACGUCCCCUACGAGCUCACGCCAGGAGACGUGCUGGAGCUGCAGGACCUCAGCGCACAGAUCCCACCUCAACUGUGCGGCCCCACCAUCGUCAGGUUCAGGAAGCUAGUGUCAGAGUUUGAGCCGGAGGUGCACGACGUCCCCAAACUGUUCCGGGGAGUCCUAAGAAAGUGCCUGGACGAGCUUCAGGGAGACGCAGAGCUCCAGAAUCGGGUGAACCGUUGGGAAAAAGAGCACAGCAAGAGCCUCUCCUUCGAUACGUUUCGAUCCAAGUUCCGCACCCUGAACCGAGGGAAGGGAAGCUUCAGUGGUUCCCACAACAACCUGCAAGAGGAAAACACAUGGUCUGAUGAAGACGAGGAAGCAGCUGAACAGGUGACAACUGCCAUGCGCACCAGGAAGGGAAGGAGCCUCAGCAUGCCAGAGAUCACUCCUCUUGAGUAAACGACCCAGAGCUGAACAAGAGGAAGAGAUGAAGAGAAAGACAGAGGAAAGAAGGAUUCAAAAAGCUUGAAGGAAAUGUAGCCUUCGAGGUAAGUUGGCAAUGGAGGAGGAAGAAAAAAGGUGGUGGCAAAGAACAAGAGAAGGAAAGAAAAUCAGAUUCUAGGAGACAUCCUGAAAGACUAAAGCUUACGCUUUCAGAUUGCAAUACAAACAUCGAACCAAAGAACACUGGCCUAGCCUUUUUUCCCUUCUUUUUUAACUUUCUAAUGUGUGCUUAAAUAUUUUGAAUAUUUAGAUGUAAAUAUAAAUGUGAAUAUCUGACAUAGACGUGUGUAUUUUAAAAGCUCAAUUUUUCUGUGAUAGUGAAGCUCACAAAACCUGUCA